UUUGAUCUUUCUCUAUGAAUGAAUAUUUUAGAGUUAUUCUUGACGAAAAGCAGUUCCCUUCGAAUUUUAACAUCUUAAACGCGACACUACAAGAAAACAAAGAAAAUGUGGAUGAAAAUAAUUACAUGGAUCUUAGCAUUCUAAAUGAAGCCCCCGAAAAAUCGAAACUUGUUAUACUCAGCGACGAUCCGUUAUUAAAAAACAUAGUGACAUUAUCCACGGCUGCCAAUGGCACUAAUCUUGACACACGAUUUGGGAAAAUCGAAAUGGUGUUACUUCCCGGUCCUGAUAACAGUAUUGAUCAAAACAUUCUUGAAAAUCAAGCAACUAAUGAUAACUUUCUUGAACCAAAUUCCGUGAACGGAAAAAGAAGUACCGAAGCGGAUUACGUUGACGUGGAUGGCCCUACAGCUGCGAAGAAAAGGUUCUCGAUACUGGACAUAAAAUAAGCAGUCAUACAAAACUCAGUUAGCGAAGACAUUUUGAAGGAUUAUGAGGAAACAGCUACCCUUACUCCUCAAAAUCGUAGAAAACUUGUAAAUAUAUGUGUCGACCAUUUAGUUGACAAGUUUGGAAACUAUCCCUCUAAGGAACAAAAAGUUGAUUGUGCCAAGUAAAUAAUUAAAGAAUUUCCUUCUUUGAAAGACCCAGGUAACCUCUGGUAAAGUUAUGAACUACAGUGAUUUAAUCAAAGACUGCAAUUUUGAAGAGUCAACUAACAUUAAAUUAAGUCCUAAAGCUCAAAUAAUUGUGACGAAUCAAAUACAUUAUAGAAAUUUGUAUAGGGUAGGGUUUUUAAUUGUAUACGGGAUAGAUGAUGUGUCCGACAUGCCAAUUUUCAUGAAAAUUGAUCAGAUAUUUGUUCACAAUUCAAAUCCUUAUGCAAUUUAUAAAAAAUGAAAAAGU